GACUGUGAAACAGGGUCGGACCCCGGUGAAGAGUGGAGCUGUCAGAGAAGCAGGUGGCCGUCUGUCCAUCCAACUUUCUCUGCAGGACACACGUUCACACCGAGAGGAGACAAUGAUACCACCAGUCUGACCAUGACGUCUGUGUGGAAGCGGCUGCAGCGGGUCGGGAAGAAGGCUUCCAAGUUCCAGUUCGCCGCCUCGUUCCAGGAGCUGAUGAUAGAAUGCACUGAUAAAUGGCAACCAGACAAACUGAGAGUGGUGUGGAUCAGGAGGAGUCGACGUCACAGCACAAAGCUCCACAGUUGGCAGCCAGGGAUUCAGAACCCCUACAGAGGUCUGGUGAUUUGGCAGGUUCCAGAGAGUUUAGACGUCUCUGUCACACUCUUCAAGGAACCCACUGCUGAGGAGUUUGAAGACAAAGAUUGGACUUUUGUCAUUGAAAAUGAGACAAAAGGCUGCAGGAAGGUGCUGGCAUCAGUUGAUGUCAAUAUGAAGAAGUAUGCCAGUGCCACUUCGGCCCAGUAUGAUGUAACACUGAAGCUCAAACCAAUGUCCGUCAAAGUGGUGGAAGCCACGCUGAAACUCAACCUGUCCUGUAUCUUUCUCAAAGAGGGGAAGGCCACGGACGAGGACAUGCAGAGUUUGGCCAGUCUAAUGAGUAUGAAACAGAGCGACAUUGGCAACCUGGAUGACUUUGUUGACAGCGAUGAUGAGGCGGGAGAGGAGCGAAGGGCCAGCUUUGGAACUGGACAUGCUGCUCACGUUUCUGCUUCUGCUCUUUCUACUGCAAGAAUACAUGACCUGGCUUGGAGGCCUGCAAUUGAAUCAGGCCCCACAGUGAUGGAUUGCAAAACAUCUUCAGGCAUUUCCUCCACCAUCUCGGCCCCAUUCUAUCCUCCUCUGCCUGAACCCCCACACCCCUCUGUUCCAUCCUCUUUAUUGCAAACCCAUACACGACCACCAAGCACUAACCAGCAGGCCCGGCCCUCCCCCUACUCAUUACCGGCCUUUACACGUGCUCACCCUCCUGCGCUUCCGAAAAUCUUCCAGCCAGUUGCUGGAUCAGCUCCCAUUUCAGCUCCUCGUAGGCCCCAUAGCUUCCAUAGUGACUCCUGUCCAGCUGAGGGCUCGGAGGCCCAACUCUUUUCUACCUGCAGUUCUCCUGAAGCCCUUUCCAUCUCUUCUGUCUCUACUACACCCUCUGAUAAAUCUCUUCAUCCCCCUUUUUUCUCUGGUGCUUCACAAACAGCAUGUCCUACUAUCUGGAGAGCGCAAAGCGUUCCUUCUGUUUCUUCUGUCGCCUCCUCCUCAUCAGCUACUCCCACCUUCUCUCCUAUUUUACUUCCACCACCUCCUGUUCCACACCCCAAAUCUCAUCCCACCUCUGGGGGAGGGCUAGGGUCAGGCCUCACCAGACCCACCAGUCUACCAUCUGCCCCUGAGACAGCUCCCUGGCAGAGUGAAUGGAGGCCUCCUAAAUCUCAGGCCCCUCUAGCACAGAAAAACCUCUCUCCAAAGUUUCUUCACGUCUCUGCUAAUGAUCCCAGAGAGCCUGCAGUGCUGCCGAAAAAGCAGAGAAUAGAGAUGCCAUCUUCAUCCUCUCUGCCCAUUGAUCAGUCUUUGGAGAAAAAAACACAAACUGUGAUAGUCUCCCCCAGUGACCAAGAUACAGAUUUCAAAAGACAGUUGAGCACACUGAGCGAAGAGGGUAAGCAGUGCACAACAUCUACAGCGCCUGAUCCAAGGGCUCCGACCAGCCGGAUGACUGAGACAUCCAGGGCUUCAGAUCAGAAAAGAGAUCUGCAUUUUGGAAUUGAGGUUCAUAAGACAACAGCAGGGCAAAGGGAGAGAGCAGAAGACUCUUUAGGUCAGCCUGUACCUGUGACUCGUGGCAAGAAGCGUUUGAGUGGGUCUAAUCUAGAUGACAGCAAGACACAAGAUGCUGGCCUUCACCAAACCAGAGAACUGACGACACCUCAAAAAAGACCUGUAGAUGGGGCUGCCUGUUCGGAGAGCCUAAUGGCCAGUCCCACCUUAGUGAUGUCGAGCCAGUCUCUACUGGAAUGGUGUCAAGAAGCCACGCAGGGUCACAAAGGCAUGAAGAUCACCAACUUUAGCACCUCUUGGAGGAAUGGUCUGGCAUUUUGUGCCAUAUUACAUCACUUUCAACCAGAAAAGAUUAAUUAUGAAAUGCUUGACCCAUAUGACAUCAAGCACAACAACAGAAAGGCUUUUGAUGGCUUUGCUGAACUUGGAAUUUCCAGGCUGAUGGAGCCGUCAGACAUGGUCAUGCUAGCAGUGCCUGACCGCCUUAUCGUCAUGACCUACCUGAACCAGAUACGCACCCAUUUCACAGGCCAGGAGCUCAGUGUGAUUCACAUAGAGAAAGACAGCAGCGAGUCCAGCUAUGCAGUAGCAGGGGACCGGGACACCCAAGACGACCCAGAAGCAACUGUUCGCUACUGUACCCAAAGGCUCCAGGAAGAGGGUAUAAGUCUUGAGACGAAUGGGACAUCAUGCACUACAGAGAAGGAGAGUAAAACCAGUCGGGAUGUGGUUCCACCGCCAAGAACGAAACGGUUGCAGGUUGCUGGGGCAGGUGGGGCUCAGUCUCCCGUAGCACCACCAAGAACAAGUAUUUUAUCCAAGACAGGUUUCUCUCAUGUCAAAGAUGCUGACCUGGUCAAGAAACGAAGGUCACAGCGGAGGAGUGGGUCGCUAGAUGAAGGAGAGAUAUCAGUGGUCAUUGCAGGCCAAGAAGACAGUGUAAUUAGCCAGAGAAAGUUGGAUACGGAGAAAGCAGACACAGUAGUUGAAGAAGGAAGACCCGAAGGCCAGGACCCCAGUCAGUAUGUUCUGAGUCAGAUGGAAGCCCUUGAAGCAGAACAAAAUCAUAUUGAUACCAGAGCAGGUGUGGUGGAGAGGAAACUCAGACAACUACUGGAAACAGGUAGUGACAAGGUUGAGGAGGAGAGGUUGAUUCAGGAAUGGUUUACACUGGUUAAUAAGAAGAAUGCAUUAAUCAGGAGGCAAGACCAUCUGCAGCUAAUGCUGGAAGAACAAGACCUGGAAAAGAAAUUUGAGCUGUUAAAUGAAGAGCUGAGAGACAUGAUGGCGAUUGAAGAGUGGCAGAAAACGCAGGCCCAUAAACACAGAGAGCAGUUACUGCUACAGGAGCUGGUGUCACUGGUCAACCAGAGAGACGAACUGGUUCACAAUAUGGACGCCAAAGAGAGAGGAGCCCUGGAGGAGGACGAGCGUCUGGAACGAGGCCUGGAGCAGCGGAGGAGGAAAUAUGCUAAGCAGCAGAAAGAGAAGUGUGUGAUGCAGUGAUUGAAAAGAAGCCAUGAAACGCUGGGUCAUUUCUCUGAGAGACGAUGGGCACAGAAUGUUCAAGAAUGGGACAGAUGUGUUUGGUCCUCUUCCACCUGCAGUCAGAUGGAUUUGCGUGGUUUUAAGGCAGCAGGAAGAGCCAAUUAGGCCAAGACCACCAACAUAGCUGAUCCAAGGAUAGGCCUUCCUGCAAGAAAGCCCACUGAAGCAAUGGGAGGUGGGGUUGCCUUUCCAAUUGAGGCUCAGGGGGUCCAAAACUGGAGUGAGGCUCUGAGAAAUAUCAGCUAUGUUUAGGCUCUGAAUCAACUCAAGUGUUCCUUUAGAGCAUGUCAGCAUGUCGAUGAAGAUCGAGGUGGUUGAUCUGCGCUUAGUGUCACUUCCAUUAACAAACCCCAACAGAUGUUUCAUCACCAAGAUUCUUACCCACUCUACAAAAGAGGCUUGGUGCCUCAGAGAGCUGCCUGUGCCUUUUGACUGUUUGCUUUGCUGUUCCUGUGUUGUGUUUGUAGUGCCUGUUACUGAUUGUCAAUGUGAAGUUUGUUUGAUUGAAAGUUCCGUAAAGAUACAAGCUGCCAAAAACAGGAGGGAUGACGUUGUGGUUUCUUAAUGCCUCACACCAAUAUUCACAUGUUUGGAUUGGACCUGCUAAUAACCAACAAGAGUUAAUUGUUUUCUGAUGACUGUUACUCAUGGUAGGAUGAGAAAGGACCCAACAAGUAAAGACAUAUGCUCUGCCACUGUCUUCCUCUGAUAUGAAUAUAAUGUGUAAAUGUUUUUGCAGCUACUGUUCCUAUCAGCAGGACAAUAAUCUACCAGUGCUUCCAGCGUUACACCAUCAAAAAGGUUUCACUGUUGGGCUGAAACUGCUUUAUUGGUGUUGGAGUAAAGGUAACGAAAGACUGUGGCUUGUAUACUUGGAUAAGGUUAUAGGUUUUGGUCCUGGUUAAAACCAAUGUUGUUGUAGGUGGUAAACCAAAAAUAUUAGUGACACAUUUUGAACAUAAAAUGAAUAAGCACAAUUGUCUUUCCACAGAAGUCGUGAAAGGCAAGCAUACUUUUAUUUUUGUCCAGGAUCAUUUAAAAAAAAUUGUAUAAUCUUUCUUUGUGCCUCUCGCAAAAGAUUUUUUGUAAUUCUUGUGAUUCAUAGGUUACCAUCCCUGUCUAUCUCAUUACUGGUCUGCAUGUGUGACUGCACAGUGGGUAGCUCUCACAAGGUUUGUCUUCAAGGAUGUAUGGCAGAAUAAAAAUAGAGAAAAACCAAAAAUAAUAAGUGAACUAAAUGGAUAAGUAUUGUCGGGUUUAAAGCCCUGUCUCUUAGGUAAAUACCCAUGUUUGACCCACUUAUCCACCACAACAUGCUCUUAGUCACUCUUUAUCUUAUCCCACUUGACUUCUCCGACAGAAAGCUAUCUUUGAAAUACAUUACUAGGCAAUAUGUUUUAAGUAGAAUUUGCUAUAACAUAAUAUAUACUGUUUUUAGUCUUUCAAAAUCCCAAAGACAACAUGAAUAAGGAAGUAAUGUUUCCAAUUAAUGUUUGUCUGUGUGGAUUAUUGAAACUUGGAGGAAGAGUGGGGUAUGGGCCAAAAACAAACACUGCCAGAGAUGAUAAGUUUAAAAUAUGACUGAAUUACCUGUUUUCACUGAUGGAAAAAACUUAAAUAAAUGAUUCUGGCAAGAAAUCUCUCUUUCCACGCCCCCGGCUUCUGUGCAGUUCUCUAAGAUGUGCUAUAUUCAAAAUUACAUUGAAAAGUGAGGUUUUAACUAACCAGAUUUUGUGGAGAUACUUUGUGUAGGAAAGAGACACGGUUGCAAGGGUUUGCUUGUUCUGGAAACUUUUGGGUUUCUAUGUAACAUUAGCUGGUCUCCGCCCAACCUAUGUAAAGUGCCUUGAGAUAAUGCAUGUGUGGUAGGAUUUCUUCUCCUGUUUGAGUAAUGACAAUAUUGUGGAAGAUGCAUUUCACAAAGGUGAAGAUGUGAAUAUUGGUGUAUGGUGAAAGCCAAAAUAAACAUCAGCUAAAAAAGGGAACUGGUGUUUCCAGCACAUCGAUGAAUAAAUAAAGUACAUGUCCUUGUCUUUGCAAUGAAAGGUUUUUCCAAAAAGCUUUUAAUGUGACAGACACUGACAUUUUUGGAUGUUAAUGUUUUUGUGUGUAAAAGUUUGCAGUUCUCCUGUUGUUAUACUGCUGGUUGUCUUAGCUUUGACCAUCACCUGUGUGAAUUAGUUACAGUUUGUCAAAAGGAUUGCUGUUGCAGAUUGUGGUUCAACGUUAUAUUUAGACUGUUGUAAACCUUUACAAAUACAAACAUUUUGAAUGGC